CUACCGAACUCAAGCGAUCUACCAUCUGUAUUGUUUAUUAGUACAACAACUAAAUAUAUGUAAUCAAUGGUGGCACCUUGUAUUUCCACACAUCGUCACAUCAACAUCAACACUUGUCAGUUGUUACUUGUUAGUUCUACGUCUACCUUCCAUGGUAGUGGUAAUGUAGUAUUGUGCGUGUGCCGAGUCGUAUGACGUAUAGUCUAUAGGUGCCUAGAGCGCACGUGCGUUUUCUUGAACUUCAACGAUCGGCAACUAGCAACCUCUGUUAGUUUACCGAGAAUAUCAAAAACUUUACAAAAAUUAAAACUCAAUUGACGUUUCUUAUCAAUUUUGGUGAAUGAUGAAUAAUAACAGUAUGUCUAAUAUAAAUAAAUUUUCAUUAAUAACAUCGAACAUUCCUGUUGACUUGGCAUUUGAUUUCAUCUCCAAAAUUGACGUACAGCAGUGUUUAGAAUACCUUACAGCAUGGUAUUGUAAAGUGGGCUGUAUCCAAUUAUUUGACCAAGAGAAAAUUUUAAGUCUGGAUACAAUACUAAAUCAGGAUUUAUUAAUAAAAGUAAUAGCAAAAUUGCCAACAGUAGAUUGUGAGGAUUAUAAACUUCAAAAUGAUAUGGAAAAUCAAUUUCAUCAAAAACUUAUUGCAUUGUAUAAUUUCAAUAUUAAAAAAUUUCUAAUUGAUUUUAAAGUACAAAACAAUUAUGCUAAUUUGGCUCGAAUAAUUUGUAAAUAUUCAAAUAAACCAAUUAUGUUUAAUUUUAAUGUACCAACAUUAGAAAAUGCUUGGGACUCUUGGAAUACUUUUAGGAACAUGACUGGUUAUAGUUUACAAAUUGGCAUAGUUUUAUGCCUCACUAAAUAUGUACCAACUCAUGAUGAGAUAAAUCGGUGGAUUGGUGAACCCAUAUGUGCUUUAUCUGUUAGUACAAAUCUUUUUAUUUUAAACAAAAAAGGAUAUCCUGUACUUAGUGAAGAUCAUGAAACUAUUUUGAAAAUAGCAAUACAACAAAAAUGGACAAUAAUUUUAUCAGGCGAACCAUUACCAAAUAUGAAAGAUUAUUUUUAUUAUAUAAUAUUUGUUGCUAAGAACAUUAAUAUUCCAUCUCCAAUAUUAGAGUGUGAUGAUCUUCUACAACUGCCCUUACAACCACUAAGAGAUAAUCUUAUGUCUUGUGUGUAUCAUGUAUUUGAACAAGAUCCCAUUAAAUAUACACAAUACCAAAAAGCAAUAUAUUUAGCAAUUAUAGACAAAGAGGUAAAAAAUAUUGUUAUAGCUGUUAUUGGUGCUGGUCGAGGUCCUCUAGUUAAAGCCAGUUUGAGAGCUGCAGAUUUAGCAGCCGUUAAUGUUAAGAUAUAUGCAGUUGAAAAAAAUGAAAAUGCCAUACCAACACUUCUUAUGUAUCAAAAAAACGUUUGGGGCGAAUCUGUUGAUGUGGUGUUUAGUGAUGGACGAGAGUGGGAUCCACCCGAAAAGUGUGAUAUAAUGGUGUCUGAACUUCUAGGAUCAUUUGGUGAUAAUGAAUUGUCACCUGAAUGCCUAGAUGGAGCUCAGAAAUGUUUAAAAGACGAUGGUAUCAGUAUACCUUGUGAAUAUUCAUCCUAUUUAAGGCCUUUAAUGUCACAUAAAUUAUUUAGUCAGACUAUAAAAAAUGAAGCCAUCGAUGAGUCAUGCUUAUCAAAUUCAAAAGAUGCUGCAUUUGAACAGUCAUAUGUCGUUUUACAGCCCAAUAGUUAUAAGCCAACUAAAACCAAAAAAUUGUUUACAUUUAAUCACCCCAAAAAAACAUUAGAAAGCAAUGCUCGGUAUAAAUGCCUUGAGUUUGAAAUAACUUCUAACAUGCAAUUGCAUGGUUUUAGCGGCUAUUUCGAUGCAGUACUGUAUAAAGACAUUAUGAUAAGCAUAGAACCAUUAACUGAGAGUAUUGGUAUGUUUAGUUGGUUCCCUAUUUAUUUUCCAAUCAAAGAUACCAUGCUAGUUAAAUCAGGUAGUGUUAUAUCUGUUCAUUUUUGGCGGUGUUGUGAUGAAUAUAAAGUAUGGUAUGAAUGGUGCGUAUCUUCUCCAAACCAAACACCUAUUUAUAAUUGCCAAGGAAAAUCAAAUUCUAUAAGACUGUAACUUAUUAAAUACUUUAUUUUUAUUAUAUUUGUAAUAUAUUUAUAUUGUUGACGGAUGUUGAUCUUUUAAAUUUUAAUAGUCAAUUUUUGCUAUUUUAAUGUAAUAAUUAAAUUUAAACAUAUAUAACUGAAUAUAGUUAUUCAAUAAAUGUCAUUAACUAUUUAUUAUAUUA